GGCAGAGACGGCGGCCGGCCCGGCUCAUCGCCCGCGUGUCGCGUUCGUCUUGCCGCCCCCACCUUCUUCUUCCCUCCUUCGGCGCCGAAGCCGCGGCCUGAACCUGGGCACGCGGGAACCGUACAGAUAGGCAGCUUUCCAUCAUGGACUGGCAGCCAGAUGAACAGGGCCUCCAGCAAGUACUUCAGUUACUCAAAGACUCUCAAUCUCCAAACACAGCAACACAGCGUAUUGUUCAAGAUAAAUUGAAGCAGCUGAACCAGUUUCCUGAUUUCAAUAACUACUUGAUAUUUGUGUUGACACGGCUGAAAUCUGAGGAUGAGCCAACUCGUUCUCUGAGUGGUUUGAUCCUGAAAAAUAAUGUGAAGGCUCAUUACCAGAGCUUCCCCCAACCUGUUGCUGAGUUCAUUAAGCAAGAAUGUCUUAACAACAUUGGGGAUGCUUCCUCUCUUAUUAGAGCUACCAUUGGUAUUCUUAUUACCACCAUUGCUUCCAAAGGGGAGCUGCAGAUGUGGCCAGAACUUCUGCCCCAACUUUGCAACCUGCUCAACUCUGAGGACUACAAUACAUGUGAAGGAGCUUUUGGUGCCUUACAGAAGAUCUGUGAAGAUUCUGCUGAGCUCCUGGACAGUGAUGCUCUCAACCGGCCUCUAAAUGUUAUGAUUCCAAAGUUCCUCCAGUUUUUCAAGCAUUGCAGCCCCAAGAUUAGGUCCCAUGCUAUUGCAUGUGUUAACCAGUUCAUCAUGGAAAGGGCCCAGGCCUUGAUGGAUAACAUAGACACCUUCAUUGAGCACCUGUUUGCUCUGGCAGUAGAUGAAGAUCCUGAGGUUCGAAAGAAUGUUUGCCGAGCACUGGUGAUGCUGCUAGAGGUGCGGAUUGAUCGACUGAUCCCUCACAUGCAUAGUAUCAUCCAGUACAUGUUACAGAGGACCCAGGAUAGUGAUGAGAAUGUGGCGCUGGAAGCGUGUGAAUUCUGGUUGACCCUGGCUGAACAACCCAUCUGCAAGGAAGUGCUCUCUUCACACCUGGUGCAAUUGAUUCCAAUUUUGGUGAACGGAAUGAAGUAUUCUGAAAUUGACAUCAUAUUGUUAAAGGGUGAUGUGGAAGAGGACGAAGCCAUCCCUGACAGUGAGCAGGAUAUCAAGCCUCGUUUCCACAAAUCACGCACGGUUACCCUGCAGCAUGAGGAGGAACGGUUACAGGAUGAUGAAGAUGGAGAGGAUGAGGAUGAUGACGAUGACACGCUAUCUGACUGGAAUCUGAGAAAAUGCUCUGCUGCUGCCCUCGAUGUCUUGGCCAAUGUCUUCAGAGAUGAGCUCCUCCCACACCUGCUCCCGCUGCUCAAGGGGCUACUCUUCCACCCCGAGUGGGUCAUCAAGGAGUCAGGAAUCCUCGUUCUAGGGGCCAUUGCUGAAGGCUGCAUGCAGGGCAUGGUUCCCUACCUCCCUGAAUUGAUUCCCCACUUGAUCCAAUGUCUCUCUGACAAGAAGGCCCUAGUGCGCUCCAUUGCCUGCUGGACCCUGAGCCGUUAUGCCCACUGGGUUGUGAGCCAACCCCCAGACAUGUAUCUCAAGCCUCUGAUGACAGAGCUGCUCAAACGGAUUCUUGACAGCAACAAGAGAGUACAGGAGGCUGCUUGCAGUGCAUUUGCCACCCUUGAAGAAGAGGCCUGCACAGAGCUUGUCCCAUACCUCAGCUUCAUUCUGGAUACUUUGGUUUUUGCAUUUGGGAAAUACCAGCACAAGAACCUGCUGAUCCUGUAUGAUGCAAUUGGCACCUUGGCUGAUUCUGUUGGGCACCACCUCAACCAGCCGGAAUAUAUCCAAAAACUGAUGCCACCGCUGAUACAGAAGUGGAAUGAGCUAAAGGAUGAAGACAAAGAUCUUUUCCCUCUCUUAGAAUGUUUGUCAUCUGUAGCAACUGCACUCCAAAGCGGCUUCCUCCCAUACUGUGAACCUGUCUACCAGCGUUGUGUGACACUUGUGCAGAAGACCCUUGCCCAAGCCAUGAUGUAUAGUCAGCACCCAGACCAAUAUGAGGCUCCUGAUAAAGAUUUCAUGAUCGUUGCUCUUGACUUGCUGAGUGGAUUGGCUGAAGGUCUGGGAUGUCACGUGGAGCAGCUUGUGGCCCGGAGCAAUAUCAUGACUCUCCUGUUCCAGUGCAUGCAGGACACCAUGCCAGAGGUUCGGCAGAGCUCAUUUGCACUCCUAGGAGACCUUACCAAAGCCUGUUUCAUGCAUGUCAAGCCAUGCAUUGCUGAAUUCAUGCCCAUCCUAGGGACCAACCUGAAUCCAGAAUUCAUUUCUGUUUGCAAUAAUGCCACCUGGGCUAUUGGAGAGAUCUGCAUGCAAAUGGGGGCUGAAAUGCAGCCAUAUGUUCAAAUGGUCCUGAAUAACCUUGUGGAGAUAAUCAACAGGCCAAACACCCCAAAAACACUUUUAGAGAACACAGCCAUCACGAUUGGACGCUUGGGUUACGUCUGCCCUCAGGAGGUGGCACCGAUGCUGCAGCAGUUUAUCAGACCUUGGUGUACAUCCCUCAGGAACAUACGUGAUAAUGAGGAGAAGGACUCGGCCUUCCGUGGCAUCUGUAUGAUGAUUGGGGUAAACCCUGGUGGAGUUGUGCAGGAUUUUAUUUUCUUCUGUGACGCUGUUGCUUCCUGGGUGAGCCCCAAGGAUGAUCUGAGGGACAUGUUUUAUAAGAUUCUUCAUGGCUUCAAAGAUCAAGUUGGGGAGGAGAACUGGCAGCAGUUUUCAGAGCAGUUUCCUCCACUGUUGAAGGAGAGGUUAGCUGCGUUCUAUGGGGUCUAGGCAAACAGUGAAACCGUACUCGGUUCCUGUGUGCGCUGGGAGGAAUACUGGGAACUCGUCCACAACCCAGUGUUACAAAUCCCUGUUAAUGGGGGGUUAGGGAGGACGGGAAGAGCAUUGUGGGACAUAAAAUGACUUCACUCCCCAUCUCCUGAAAUUUACAAAGUUGGGGGGGAGGGUGGGCCUCCGUGACCAAUUUAAACAAAAACCAGGGUAUCUCACUAGCGGAAGGAAAAGGUCUCUACUCAGAGGCCAUCGUUGGUGGAAUGGGGUGGGGUGGGACUCGGACCUGGGCUGAGAAAGGGGAGCAAUCUUAAACUGCAACACUCUUGAGAAGGGGAUCUAACUAGGGGCCAUCAUAAAGGACUAGCUAAUAAUAAACAAUAAUAAUAAUAAAUAAAGGAUCGGGUUUAAGAUGUUAAAAUGGGAUUAAAAGAUAAAAUGGUUUAAAACCAGCUGAUGAAGAGGGAAGAGUUAAAACUCAAUCCAAGGGGGUUAUACUGCUGUAUAUUUCCAGUCACCAGUGUUCAAGAGAUCAGCUAUUCACCUUUUCAAGACUGCAUGGUGACCAAGAAGUAGACUAGUGAACCUGUGAGUAGCCCAUAAUGACUAAGUGUAAGCAUUUUCAUCUAGGAAUCUUAAGGAAACCCACAAACCCUUUUUGCCAUAGUUGCCAUGGCACUGUGUGCUGGAUGUGAUGCUUGGAGCAAAGGCAGCCUCUGACUUUGUGGGGACCUGCCAGCCAUCUAGGGAGCAGUCCCUAUCAUAAGAAAUACUGUUGGAGAAGCAUGUCUUUAUUUUUUAAGAAGAUGCCGCAGUGCAAUGAAUCUGUUACCCUGUUGUUCAGCUGUUACUUUGUGACACACUGCUAUUGCAUUACUUCAGCUGCAGGAGGCAGGAAAGAGCAAGGAAGGAAACUGAAUUCCAUCUGUCCAUAGGCCAAAGGCUGGCGGAGACCAGUGUGCACUCGGUCAUUUUUAUAUGGCACACGAUAUGUUGCAUCCUGCGCUAUUGGGGGUCAGAAUGGCAUUUGUACAUACAUAAUGGUGAUUUAAACUUUCUGUCUUAAGGGAGUUCUAUGCCGCAUCCACCACUUUGGUUUACAAAAGGAGCAGUAAACAUAGCAAAGCAUAGAGGAAUUAAUAAAAUAGAGCCCUCCAUGCAUGUCCAGUGGAAGCUCGUAGCUUUUGCUGCAUGCUUAGUGGAGUCGCUGUCUUAAAUAAUUCUCAUUAGACCCAAAUCUGUUCGGUCCCUGGAAAUAGAAUCUGGGGUUUGCUGAAUGGAUUUGAGUUAGUGAAGCCAUAGCUUUUUAAUUGUAAGUGAAGAGGAUGUGAAGUGGAAGCAAGCCUGUUUUCCCAAAGGCAGCUAGGUUAUGGGGAAAAGGGGAUACUGCUUCACCUGAUGAGAGCAACUUCUGGAGAAGUGGGAAGCGCUGGGGAUGAAAAAUAGUCACCAGGAAUAUUCUGCAGAGUCAACAUGAGUAGAGUUUGCCCAAGGAAAUGAUUGCCAGCAGGCAGCGUGCUGAGGAAGAAGAGACAAGUGAACUGAGCCCCAGCCCCAGCUUUCUUCAGAGCAGAUCCCAAAGGAACUUGAGCAGCAUCAGGAUUGGUAGCCAGACAACUGGGUUGAACUGUGCCUCAUAUCCUGUAUUGCUUUGGUGAUGGUAGAUACAGUGGCGGGAUGACUGAAGAAGAUAUAUAUGUGACAGAGGAUGGACACCCGUGUUCUGGGAUAAGGAGAUGCUUUCUUUGACAACAAUUGACAGUGACACUGAGUAUAGUGGGGUGAAUUUCUGCAAGUGUAUUUGUGAGAUUGCUCAGUAACUUAAACUUCACUGAUAUUCCCACCCAUCUCCUUUUUCUUUUUAUCCCUGGCCUCUGUUUCACAUGUUGCAGUGCUUGCAGUUCUUUGAGAUUUGUCAUAGAACUUGCUGGGGCAUUAUUGUGCAGGCUUUUUUUUUUAACUUGGAGACAGCACAUACCUAAGUGAAAGCUGCUCUCCUAAUCCUUGGAUCCAGUUACUAGGGUCACCCCUGCACUCUACUAGGAUAGCUGGGUCAAAAAAAUUAUAAUAAACUUGCAAAUGCAUUCCUCAAUUCGUCUUUUUAAUAGUGUGGAACUCGAGCAGGUCUCUGGAAGUAAUCAGAUAGUUCUUUGCAUUUUAAUUAUUUUAUUACAAGGGUUCCCUCUUGUGCCUCAGUUUCAACUUUCCUUAUCCUACAAGGGGGAAAGCCAGAGGGUUCUAUUUGGGAAGCAAUUGGUUUUUAAAAUGGGCAAGAAAUGUGCACAGAUGGCAGGCAGAGUCCUGGCUUGUGCUUCUCAACUGAAGGCUUGUGAACUCUUCAUUCAUCCAGUGAAGUUUAAGCUACUUGACCUGACUGCCUCUUGAAAUGAAAUUUGUCUUUUGUACAAGUGCUUCUAGUAUUGCCUCCUGUUCGUUGAUCCUGGAUUUGUAUAUUUGUAAAUGUGCCGUAAUGUUUCCAAUGGUGGAACUGCAGUGUACCUAGUGUUGAAGCAGCUGCUUGCACCUUGCUCAAAUGAGAUUUUUCUCAUUUUAUGUAUAAUUUUUUUGUCAACUAAAAAAUUCUUGUGACUCCA